AUGAAUGAGUUCAAUGGCCAAAUUCCUUCUUCAUUUGCCAAUCUUACCCAACUCACAUAUUUUUCACUUGGGGGGAACUAUAUUAACGGCAUUAUCCCAUGUUCUUUAGGAAAUCUUACCCAGCUCACAAUCCUUCGUCUUUAUCAAAAUCAAUUAUCUGGUCCAAUCCCAUCUUGUCUAGGUAAUCUUGGCAAACUUACUGUUCUAGACCUUGAUUUCAAUAAAUUUCAGGGAGAGAUUCCUGAGUCAUUAUUGAAUGUAGUAAGGCUCAAGGGACUUCUUCUAGCUUAUAAUACUCUCAGUGGUACAGUGGAGUUCCUCAAACUUCUUAAGCCGCUACCAAAUUUAAAGUGGGUAGAUCUAUCUGGUAACAACUUGGAUGUGAUCACUGAAACCAGAACUAUGAAUGCAUCUAGCAUUCCAAGGUUAGAGAUGCUAGGAUUGGGUUCGUGCAAUAUAAGAAAGUUCCCAAACUUCCUAAGAUAUCAAGAUACAUUGGAGUUCUUGAACCUUUCUCGGAACGGAAUACAUGGCCAAGUACCAAAAUGGAUGUGGAACAUAAGUAGAGAGUCUUUGGCGUUGUUGGACAUUUCUCAUAACCUCCUUUCAGGCCUUGACCAGCCUCCGGUUGUCCUUCCCUGGGUUGAUCUAGCAGGGCUAGAUCUUUCGUUCAACAGGCUUAGUGGCCCAUUGUCGGUACCUUCCUCACAAUAUAUGAAGUUCUAUCACAUUUCAAACAACAAAAUAACUGGAGAAAUUUCACCUUUGAUUUGUAAUGCGAGAUCUCUUAAUUCCCUUGAUGUGUCAAAUAACAAUUUGAGUGGUAUGCUUCCGCGGUGUCUCGGAAACUUAAGUAGUCUUGAAGUUUUAAGUGUUGGAAACAACUAUUUUCAUGGCACUCUUCCUCAUUUAUGCCCCACCAAUGGAAGCGAUUUGAUGCUGAUUGAUGUCAGUCGUAACCAACUGCAGGGGAAAUUACCGAGGUCAUUGGCGAAUUGUUUGAGGCUCGAGUCUCUCGUUCUGUCAAGCAAUAAGUUCGAUGAUGUAUUCCCCGUUUGGUUGGGGACUCUUUCGGAAUUAAAAGUUUUGGCAAUGAGGAAUAGUGGGUUCUACGGUGCUAUUCCGAGACAUCAAAGCAAUCAUGAUGAUGGUUUCCCCAAUUUGCGCAUCCUUGAUCUGUCUCAAAAUAAUUUUACCGGUCAGUUUGCAUUUGAAUUCAUCCUCUCUGGAAAAUCAAUGAGAGGUAUCCAUCUAGACGGAUCAAAGUACAUGAGAGCAUUUGAAUUGGUAGCUGUAGAAUCCGGACCCGGUGGGGGGUAUUAUGAAGGCUUUUACUUCUAUGAGUACUCAAUCACGCUGAUGAAUAAAGGUUUACAGAGAUACUUCCAAAAGAUUCGUGAAGACUUUAUGGCCAUCGAUCUGUCGAGCAAUAGAUUUGAAGGCAAGAUUCCAGAAUUUAUUGGGAACCUAAAGGGGCUUCGCUCACUUAAUGUAUCCAGUAACAUUCUAAGUGGCCGCAUCCCACCAUCCUUGGGAAACUUGACAAAUCUUGAAGCUUUGGACCUUUCACAUAACAACUUCUUGGGUGAGAUCCCUCCAUCACUGUUGCAGCUUUCAUUCCUCCAAAUUUUCAGCGUCUCCUACAACAAUCUCAAAGGUCAAAUACCGGUUGGAAACCAGUUUAGUACCUUUGAAGUCACUUCAUAUGAAGGCAACCCAGGUUUGUGUGGAGUUCCAUUGCCAAAGAAAUGUUCGCGUCCUGAGGGGGUUGAACUUCCGCAUUCAACAGCAGAAGAAGAUGGAGUUGAAUUGGAUUGGAAAUUUGUUGCGGCGGGGUUAGUGAGUGGGUUGGUGGUGGGAGUGGUUCUUGCAGACUUUGUGACCACGAGGUUCAGUGUGCGGUUCAUUGAGAUUGUUGCAUUGCUGAUCAGACUGAUGAAAAGGAUGAGAAGGCCCAGAAGUUGA